UAACACACUGCUGUGUGUGUCUGAGCCUCAGUAAACAAGCAGAACUGACCCGGCAGCUCUCAGCAGCAUGGGUCUGGAGAGGAGGUUAGACGCCCCAGUCUAUGAUUUGUCUCUGGUUCGAGGGAUCUGGGAGGUCAGAGUGAAGAAAUACAGGCAGAGACAAAGGAAGGAGGAGGAGAGGGUGGAGAGGAGCGCCCUCGCUAGGAUCGACCAGGAGUGGCAGUACCGCAUCUACUGCAAAAAGCUGAACAGCACAGACGUCAACCUGCUUCACCGCUAUCUACAGAGAGCUACCCAGCCAUGUUCAGCUGUACCGGCGUGCACAGGUUCAGGAGAACAACAGGAUGAGAAGGUCCAGAAGGAUCCAGACCCAAACGCACUGCUGUUCCAACUGGAUGGAGAACGCUGGCUGGACUUCCCAAAGGAGCUGCAGUGGAUGACCUACGUGAGGCAGUGGCACAUCAGGGGCACGAGGAUCUGUCGGCUGCCCGACUACUUAGCUCUAUUCAGCCAGCUCACUGUACUGGAUUUACUGAGAAACAGCAUCACUGAGCUGCCGCCUGAGAUCGGUAAACUGAGCCAGCUCAGGCAGCUGAACGUCAGCUACAACCAUCUGUCCAGAAUCCCUCCACAACUGGGAAACUGUGAGAAACUGGAGAGACUGGAACUGGCUGGAAACUCCAACCUGUGUGAGCUGCCGUUCGAGCUAAGCAGCCUGAAGCAGCUGGUUCAUCUGGACAUUGCGGAAAACAGGUUUGUAUCGAUUCCCAUCUGUGCUCUGAGAAUGAGCAGCCUGCAGCUCUUGGACCUGAGCAACAACAGUUUGAGCGACCUGCCGCAGGACAUGGACAGGUUGCAAAAGCUGGAGACUCUGUUCAUCCAUAAGAACAAGCUGUCGUAUCUUCCUUUCUGCCUCACCAACAUCUCCACGCUCCAAAUGGUGGUGGUAAGCGGCGAGGAGCUCACCUGCAUCCCAACCAGACUGUGCAGCAACCCCAGCAUCAAGUUUAUCCGACUGUACGACAACCAAACACGCGCAGGGAGGAAGGAGGAGAAGAGGAGGAGGAGGCGGUGGCAGGAGUGGAGGCCGGCCGAGGUGAAGGACAGCAGGGACAAGGAGUUCCUGGAGGCCUACGUCAGCUCGCUGAUGGACCGAGACGCCGUUCCCUACUCCACCACCAAGGUCUCCGUCUCCUGCCUGCUGUGAUGGCUUAAGCUGUUCCAAAACGAAGACAUCUGAUUGUAGCUGAUGGAGAAGAAAGUUAAAGGUUAACGUCGAAUAUUUGUGUUUUAACUUAUUCAAUGUUUGAGAUAAAUUUUAUUAUGGAAAACAAAAUCAAUCCAGAUCUGACUGCAACUAUUCUGUUGUGUUUACAUAUUUAAAUACCACAAUGGUAAUAAGGUGGAGCCUGGCUAAGAAAUCACUUUUUAUAAAUUAUUUCCAUUCCAAAAUCAGAUUUCCAUCCUGUAGAGAGCUAGAGUUUCUCUACAGAUUAAACUGAGGCCAGAUCAUGGUUCUGUAAAUGGAGCUUCAGGGAAAGCUGUGACCAAACAAAAUGUCUUUAACAGCUUUAGAGUCAACAAGCUGAUGUAAGGUUUAUUAUUCUUCUUGGUUUUAAACAGGAAGCUGCAGUAAAUGCUAAUUAUUUGUUCUUUCACUUUCAGCUCCAUCAGUUUACAGAUUAUAUUUGUCUGACAUUUAUCAAAGCAUUUUAUUUUCUUAUUGUAAUAAAAAUUGUUUGUGGAAAUUA